GCCGCUAAUGAUUGACGCGGUUUGCAAAGCUUGGUCAUUUACUGAUCAGGGAAAAGAUCAGAGUAGCGCUAAGAGUAUUUCAUGCAGGCACCGCCACGUAAAUCACUGCUCAUUAGCGGAUCAGACCCCAGAAACGAAUUGAUUAUGGUGAAAUAGCAAAGCCUGACUUCAUUUAUAUAAAAAAGAUGGCAUCUAAGAGCUUUGCAGAAAAGUUGACAAACUUGGAGCAGAAAACCCUGAAGCCCGAACUUCCUGUAACCUGCAAGUGCCGGAAACAAUGUAACAACUGCAAGAUCUUCCUGGGGUUCUUCGUGCUGUCCCUCUGGUUGCAUCUGGUCACUCUGUUUUUCUAUUGGGAUCUCAGGUCUGAGGUGAAACGCGAGCUGUUGCACAAAAACAGAGAGGAAUUCGUGACCCCGGACGCACAUGACUUUAAAGAGCAGGAGUCUCCCGGAGUCGAGCUUUCGGACCUUCACUACUCUGCACUGCUGGAGGGUGACGAGCUGGCUCGGUCAAAUCAAUUCAACGCUGCUGAUCAUCCUCGUCUCCCAGAAGAAAAUAAGAGACCUAUUCACCGAACAAAAAGAAGUCAAAAUAGAGACAGGGAUGGGGAAGGAGGUUCUAAUACUAAAACAGGAAAAGUGAAAAAAAAAGGCAAAAAACAAGGACCUCCUGGUGCUCCGGGCCCUCCUGGCCCUCAGGGGCCCCCAGGACCACAAGGCCCUCCAGGAAUUCCCGGAAUUCCCGGCAUCCCUGGAACCAGCGCUAUGGGGCCACCUGGGCCAGCCGGGCCUCCGGGACCACAGGGUCAACCCGGGCUCCCAGGACCUUCAGGAGCAGUAGAAAAAGCAGGGGCCAGAGAAACGCAGCCAGCUGUGGUACAUCUGCAAGGACAAGGAUCAGCAAUUCAAGUAAAGAAUGAUCUUUCAGGGGGCGUGCUGAAUGACUGGUCUCGCAUCUCCAUGAACCCCAAGGUGUUCAAGCUGCACACGCGCAGCGGGGCGCUCGAGGUGCUGGUCGACGGGACCUACUUCAUCUAUAGUCAGGUAGAAGUAUACUACAUCAACUUCACAGAUUUUGCCAGCUAUGAGGUCGUGGUUGAUGAGACCCCCUUCCUGCAGUGCACGCGGAGCAUUGAGACCGGCAAGACCAACUUCAACACCUGCUACACCGCUGGGGUCUGCCUGCUGAGGGCGAGGCAGAGAAUAGCGAUCAAAAUGGUCCACGCAGACAUCUCCAUCAACAUGAGCAAGCACACAACGUUCUUCGGGGCGAUCCGGCUCGGGGAGGCUCCGUCAUCUUAAAAAAAAAAAAAAAACACAUCACAGAUAUAUUGGAUAACCCAGCCUUAAUGUCUGUCUGCGUCCUUGUCCCUAAUCCCUGCCUCUCGCUCGCACUCAGAGGAUGAAGGAGCCCAAGCGAUCACCAGCUUGUGAAAUGCUCAAAUGCAGAGUCCUCAAUACCGUAGACCCUGCUAAUGUAUAUGAAGGAGCAGAGUUCUCCUCUGGAGGCUGUACGUUCUGGAAUGGAACUACUCGCAUGUAACAGCGGUGGAGUCCUAUCGCUCCCUCAGUUAUCACAGGUAUAAAAAAGGACCUUGCUAAUGUAGAGUGUAGCAGUAAAGGGAAUGAGCAAUGCACUCACCAGCAGAGACACUGUUCUGGUCCUUGCUUUGUCCUGCUGGAGGACCUUGUUGCUAAAGAAGCAUUGCCUUUUCAGGACCAGCUCUGACCUCAGGACUUGCAUGAGAUGAGAUUGCAUUACGCCGCACUCACUGUGGGGAAACGGGCAACCGUUUAUUUUCAUUAUAACCAUUUUACAUAUUUUAUAUACCAAGUCUUGUGAUCUGUGUCAUAAUAGGACAUCUGUCUAGUGCGCACUCAAGUACAAGAGCUGGAAAUAGAACAGUGAAAGGGACUGAAACCCAAUGGGAUGGUUCAGAAUCUCUAUGAAGAUAUUGAGCCAUGUGUUGAUGCAGUAUAUCGCUGCUGUCCAGGAAAACAGCCCAGCUGCAAUCCACACACUGGAUACCCCAAGAGCUCAAGCAGCAGAACCUGCAGAUUCCUAUUUGUCUUUUUAAGCUUAUUUAUAUUUUCAUGUUUUAUAGUGGAGCCCCCAUCAUUUUAAUGUUUAGAUAACCCACCACCUUACCACAUACAUGUGAGAAAAUAUAUAUAACUACUGCGUGUUAUCUGUAAAUAUAUAUAUAUUUUUGACUGUAUUUAUGAAAGUCCGGCAGAGAUUAAGUAUCCCCUUCAGUGGAUCAAGUAGGCAUUGUAUGGUAAUGCUGUCUAAGAAAUCACCACUAACUAUACAAGAAGAGUCAUUUUGUUUUUUAAAGUCAGUACCUUCCUGUGCAAACCUUGCUACCCCAGAUUGUCCCAGACUGACAAACAGUAAAGUUCUGUUCUCAAAUGCUAUCGUUUUACUGAGCAGCUUAAAAUACCUUUGAGACUGAAGAGCAAAGUAUCUUGCUAUCUAAACAAGGAGGCCCCCUACAGUGUGUUUAUCUCAAAGGCUGGUCCCUUGUUAGUGACCCUGUGGCAGUCUGGCUCGCAGUGGUGAUGUGUGAUGACGUCACGGACCAGGAAGUAACUGAAACCAAACAGUGGAUGGGCGGUUGAAGCUGAGUGUAAUGGCACUCAGCGUAUUUAUUAAUAAACAAAAGAUUUAAACAAAACACAAAACAAAAAGGCACAAGGGCCAAACGAAUAAACAAACAAACAAGUAAGUGUCGUGCUGGCUAAUCCAGCACGUUUUAGCAAUUGUUAAUUUUCUUAUUCUCCUUGCGCUCUUCCUCUCUCCGCUCUCCCGUACUCUCCUCAACACUCCCCCAAGUGCAGAGAGCUGCAGGUUUAUAUACUCUGGCCGAGGGAUUAACUAGUUGGUAAUUAUCUUAUUAUCCCCCGGCCAGAGUCUGCACGCGUUUGGUAAGGAUGCAUGACUGUCAGCUAUUUAAGUAAUCAGUAGCUGAUCAGCCAUGCAUCCUCACGGGGUUUUUAAAUAUAACAAUAAAAGACGCGGCGCUUUUACCCGCGCCGCAAACAAAAAUACAAAUAAUAAUAAAUAGGGGCGGGACACUCCGCCACA